GUACAGAGUCCCUGAGUGGCAUGUGCAGCAGUGGAGGGAGGGGGAAGAUGAGGAAAAGCAGCAGUGGCAGCAGCAGAGGCAGGGGGUGGCGGUGAUGGUGGUGGCGGCGCUCGCGCUAGUGGCGGCGGGCUACUACGUGGGCAGCACGGGGCUCGCCGCCGCGCCCUCGUCGCUGCUCGACUCGUUCGUUCAUUCGAACAAAGCCGCCGCUGACGCCCUCACGGGUACGCGGGGGGGAGGGGAGGGGGGAGGCGGGGGGGGAGGGGGAAUCAUGGUAGCGCUCGCGCUGGUGGCGGCGGGCUACUAUGUCGGCAGCACAGGGCUCGCCGCUGCGCCCUCGUCGCUGCUCGACUCGUUCGCCCGCUCCAACAAAGCCGCCGCUGACGCCCUCACGGUUGCAGCCUCACCCCCCUCCCUUGCGCCUGCUGCUGGCGCCAAUCGCUGGGGAAAAAUGGAGAAGGGGGGGUGGGGGAAGGGGAGGGGGGGUGGGGGAAGGGGAGGGCGGGUUGGGGUUGGGGGUGAUCUGGGGCGAGCGAGUGUGGGGUUUGCGCGUUGGGGUUAUGUUGACUCCUACGCUGUUCUUUCCCUCCCUCCCGACAGACUCACAGACAUGCACAUGCAGCAGAAGAAACAGCAGUUGCAGCAUGCCAAAGUGCAUCGCCAGUCACUCCCUGUGGCAGCGCAGGAGGAGGAGGAAGCAGCAGUGGCAGCAGCAGAGGAGGAGAUUCUGAGCGAGGAGGAGGCGCUAGACGCACCGGACCCGCGAGCAGCCGUGAACGAGUCCGACCCCGCCGUGCUGCGCGUGAUUGCCGAGAGGCGCAGGCGCAGGGAGGCGGCGCGGCAGAAGUACAAAGAGGAGCUGCUGGCGAUGGUGAAGGAGGUGAAGCAGGCGGCUGCUGCGCCGGGCGGGCUCAAGGAGGAAGAGACGGUGGCGGAUGUGUCGAACGUGCCGCUGCAGUAUGGUGCCACGGAGAUCAGUCAGCUGGGGGAAGUGGUGGGGAAGGGGGGAGGAGGUGAGAAGGGAGGGAGAGCGGAUGCGAAAGGGGUGACUGGGGCGGAGCAGCCGUUGAGGGAACAGUUUAGGACGGAGAGGGAGGGGAAAGGGGGACAAAAGGAAGGGGAAAGCAGAGACACGGAAGUAGGGCGGGAACACGCAACGAUGAUUCGCGCGCUGCGCAUGGUGCGCGACGCGUGGGUGUUCUUCACAGGCCGGCAGGACUCGGAGCUGGUGCGGCAAACAAAGAGGCUGCAGUUCGAAGCCGCAAAGCUGAGGGCCCUGAGAGUGGCACAGCAGCAAGUGGUGGAGGAGACAGCGUUGGAGCAUGUCAGGCGGGUGGUGGGGGAGAUGGAUCAGCUGAAACAGCAGCUCGAUGGCAUGGGUGGUGGGAUGGUGUGGGGUGGUGGGAUGGUGUGGGGUGGUGGGAUGGUGAGGGUGGUGGGAUGGUGUGGGGUGGUGGGAUG